AUGAUACUAGAUACUAAAAUGUUGGGCGCUGAUAAUAUUAUCGAUAUAACUUUUGGUGUUACAAGCGCCAUCCUCACAAUGAUAACUAUUUACUUGAUGUGUAAACAUCAAAAGUCCAGAGUUCCAGAGCUUGAUAUCGAGCAAGGCAGAGACUUUAAACUCAAUCCAACUAUACCAAAUCCUGAUUCAGUUUCUACUCCUUCGUACUCUGACUUGCGAUCCUCGCCUAUGACAUUGAACCAAGUCGUUGUACCAUUGCCAGUUGCCCCACAACCAGAUGUUCCACCCAACACGCCAUCUUAUCAGACUGCUUCUCAAAUUACGCUUGCACAACAUCAAAUUCCUGAGCAGAAUGUACAGUCCUUUCCUGUUACGACGAAUAUAGCUAUAGCGCCAGAUCUUCCUGGUUCUCAUGCUUACUACCACUCACUCCAUUCUUUUUUUCUAAACGAGAGUGGGUAG